AACUAAUUCUCGUGAUAGGAGUAUAGGACGAGUCCAUAAAUAUGGAUGGGUCCUUGUCAAGCACACGACACAACAAGAACCCCACCAGCGUGCAAAAUGGCGUAAACCCACACGGGGAGCGACCACAACCAGGUCCACGCCACACCACGCAUUCAUUGACACAUAACCAAAUAUAGGGUGAUGGAAAAAAAAAAAACAAAAAAGAAAAAAAAAGAAAAAAAGGAGUAAUAUAUUUGUACGUGGGAACAGGGGAGAGCAAUUCUCUCUCUUCUAUUCUCUGCCUCCUCUGCUCUCCCGACCCAUACCCCUUAAGUACCACAUACCCCUUUUCUCUGCCACCUUUUUUCUCUUCUCUUUUCCCUUCUCCUUCUCCUUCUCCUCCUCCUUCUUCUUUAUGUAUGUUCUUCUCCCGAGUAUAAAUUUGUUUGAGUGCUAAGUACUAGUAUUAGUUGUUGUUUUGGGGGGUGGGGGUUGUAAAAUGGAAGGUGGAGGAGGGAGGAGGAGGGUAAGUAGUAGAGAGACGAGCCCGGACAGAGCAAGAGUGAGCUACACCCACCACCACCACCAACAACAGCAGCAGCAGCAGCAGCAGCAGCAGCAUCAUCAAAGGUCGACAACAACAACAACAACAACAGCAACAGCAACAACAAGGCCUCGGAAGAAGGUUCAGAUUGUGUACUAUCUUAGUAGAAAUGGGCAACUGGAGCACCCUCAUUUCAUGGAGAUUUCUCACCCCCACAGCCAACAACUUCGCCUCAAAGAUGUGUUAGAUAAGCUCACAGCUCUCAGAGGAAAGGGCAUGCCCUCUCUCUUUUCCUGGUCUUGCAAGAGGAGCUAUAAGAACGGGUACGUGUGGAACGACUUGUGCGAGAGCGACGUGAUCUACCCAUCGGACGGCGCAGAAUACGUCCUCAAGGGCUCCGAGAUCAUCACCGGCUGUUCCGAGCGGUUCCAGCACCCGCCCGUGCAUAACCGGGGGAUGAUAAAACCACUCUCCGGCGCGCACAAGCAUUACCAGGCCGAGGACGACGAUCUCGAGGACGAGGUCGGCGAGAUCGACGACGGAGAGGGAUUAGAAGACGAGUACGAAGACUCCCGCGGCGCCCGCGCCGCGAGUCACGGCGCCUCGGCCCGGGCCAAGCCCUACGCGCGCGGGGUAUCCACGGAGGGGAUCGGCCGAGUCGACGACCCGCCCAGGACUCGGCCCCCCCACCACCACCGUCCGAUGGAGGUCUCCUUCGAGGACGCGUCGCCGCCCUCGUCGUCCUCGUCGGAGAAGCUCCCCGGCGCCGCCGCGGCGGACUCGGCGGGCGAGACCGGAGCGGGUCGCAACUCGGUGCUGCUCCAGCUCAUCGCGUGCGGCGCGGCGGCGGCGGCGGCGGCGAAGGGGAGGAGCGGCGCCCCUGCGGGGGGAAAUGGGGCGAGGAAGAGCGGGGGGUUGCAGAGGUGGAUGGUGAGUCGACUCGCGGGUCGGGGGGCGGGGGACGAGGACGAGUUGCGGGUGGGAGCGGCGCGGUCGGGUCACCGUCCCGCGGUGGAGGAGAAGGAGUAUUUCAGCGGGAGCAUCGUCGAGGGCGCCGCGAAGGGCCCGCCGGAGCCCGCGCUAAAGAAGUCAAAUUCGUACAAUGAAGAGAGGAGCUCGAGGCUAGGGAUUGGCGAAGAGGGGGUGCAGAACGGAGAGGAGAGAGAAGAAGGAGAAGGCGCAGAAGGGGCAGUGAAAAGGAAGUGCAUCCCUGGCAUAAAGAUGCCCUCUUCCUCUGCCAAGCAGCAGCAGCAGCAGCAGCAGCAGAAGCAACAGCAGCAGCAGCAGCAGCAGCUGCAGUUUCAGCCUAAGAAAGGAUCCCAAUGAAUAAAUGCUAUCCUAUUUAAUCCUCUCUCUCUUUCUUCUCUCUCUCUGUUCUCUUUUCAAUGUGUUGGAAUGGUGGUUGUGGUAGCUUCUCUCUCUGCUGGUGUACUAGCUUUAUUUGACUCUGGGGACUACUGACGCAAGUGUGUGUAGAGUGGGGGGGGGUGAGGGGCGGGGGAGUUGGGAUUGGGGGCCUGCAUGGAAUUAAAAGCUAGCCCUGUUUGUGGAAUCCAAACGAGAUUCUGUUUUUCCGAACUAUAUCUCCUGCUUAUGCUGUGAUUGGUCAGGGCCAAUGUUCAGGGUCUUAUCUUAUGCUUUCACUUCUCACUUCAUUCA